AUGUCGGCACCACUAGUCAAGGUGCUACACCGAUUGCAAGAGCUAUUCCAUAACGUGGUCGCCGCACUCGAAAACAUGAUUCUAUUCCCCUCAUUCUUCCGCGACCUCUCGCGACGCCGCCGAAAGACCUUCCUCGGCGCCCAUUGGAAACGCCGCAGCCUCGACGACUUCGCCGAAGAAGUGGAGACCUCGUGCUCGACGCCGCUGUCAACACGCAACAUGAUCGACAUGUCAGAGAAGAUACGCGCACAGUUUCGGGAAUGUUUACAGACUAGCACCUGCUGCAUGCUUCCAUCCUACGAUACUGCGCUUCCCGCUGGCUCGGAAAAGGGCACAUAUCUCGCAUUGGACGUGGGCGGAUCGACAUUUCGCGUAGCUUUGAUUGAAUUGAAUGGACGGGAUGAGGAAGUGCGCAUCUUGAAGGUGUCAUCUGUACACAUUGAUGAACAACUCAAGAUGCUGGAAGGGACACAAUUUUUCGAUUGGAUGGCAGGGCAGAUUGAGACCAUACUGCAGGAAGUUGGAACAGACUACGGGCGUGGUGAUGUACCACUGGCGAUGGGAUUGUCCUGGUCUUUCCCCAUUGAACAGACGUCGCACAGCAGCGGGUUGGUGAUCGAAAUGGGUAAGGGCUUCAAGGCCUCCAAUGGCACGGUAGGCAAAGAACUGGGUGAUCUCCUUAUCCAGUCAUGCCGCAAGCGCAAUUUGAACGUAGAAGUUGCCGCUAUCGUGAACGACAGCUCGGCGGCUCUGCUAUCGCGUGCCUACGUCGAUCCCAAGACCCACAUGUCUCUCAUUUUGGGUACCGGUACCAACAUGGCGAUUCACUUCCCGGUGCACGAGAUUGGAACGUCCAAGUUUGGAGUCCGUCCGGAGGGCUGGUUCGACCACGCCAAGCAUGUUCUCAUCAACACCGAGAUGAGUAUGUUUGGCGGAGGCGUGCUGCCUAUGACACGGUGGGAUGACAUACUGAACCGCACGCAUCUGCGUCCCGACUACCAGCCCCUCGAGUACAUGAUCACAGGUCGGUACCUGGGCGAGAUUGUGCGUCUGAUCAUUGUCGAGGCAACCGAAACCGCCCGCCUAUUCGGCGGCGAGCUACCACACUCCAUGCGUGAACCCUAUUCCUUCGACACAAGCAUCGUCGCCUGCCUCGAGGGUGACUCCUCCACCUCCCUUUCUACCUCCGCCGCCCUCCUGCAAAAGCAUCAUACCUUCCACAACCAACCCUCCGUUGAAGACCUGCGAUUCAUGCGCCGCAUCUCUCAGACAGUCUCCCGCCGUGCCGCUGGAUACCUGGCGACAGCCAUCCACAGCAUGUGGUGCCUCCGUAACGAGGUGGAAUUCCCCGCACCCCUAUCCACCGUCCACUCUCUCGUUAAGGAAUCCCCCGCAAUCACCGUCAUCGAGAGCGGACACUCGGAUAAGAACCUUUCCAUCGCCUGCGACGGCGCCGUCAUCAACAAGUAUCCCGGCUUCCGUGCUACCUGCCAGAACUAUCUGGAUCAGUUGACCGAGGAAACGUAUCCGGGUGCCGGAUGCUCCAUCCGUCUCAACCCGGCGCCUGAAAGCGCCAUUCUCGGCGCAGCUGUGUCAGUUGCCGUGUCAGUUGCUGAGAACUCCACUCGGCUAUAA